UUAGCUUCUGAGAUCUGACGAGAUCAGGCCAGCCCGGCCAUCCAUCUCAGGGCCAGCGACUAGGAGAGCAAAAUGGAACCCGAAGACAGAGCCGCGGCUUGGCACGUGGCCGCGGGCCUGGCGUUCUGUUCAGCAGCCGUGGCCUCCGGGGCCUUUGACGGCGUUCAUACUGAAGUUGGGUACGAGCACUAUGCCGAACCCCGCGUGGCAGGGUGGCCCGCUGCAGUAGCCAUGCCUGCCAACUGUUUAGUCAAUGUGACCUACGUCCUUCUGGGCUGGCACUGGCUGUCUUCUGCAGGCCGCCGGAGAGGGCGGGCACGCUACCUCCAGGAAGUCUUUGCCCUGAUGGCCCUGGUCUACGGGCCCGUGCAAUGGCUCCGCCUCUGGACACAGGCUCACCGGGCGGCCGUCUUAGACCAGUGGCUGACCUUGCCGAUUUUCGCUUGGGCUGCCGUCUGGUGCCACUUCCUUGAGCACGGGUGGCAGCCGGGCACCUUCCUCGCGACGGAGGCGGCUUCGCUGGCCAGUUACGGCUUGGCCCUGCUUCACCCCCAAGGGUUCGAGCUGGCUCUGGGCGGGCACAUCCUCGCAGUUGUUUGGAAAGUAUUCCGGGCGCAACGGCAUUUGGGCGAUGGCACAUCGGCGGGCAUCGUGGCGCUGGGAAUGGCCUCUUGCUUGGGUUUCGUGUGCCUCAAGCUGUGGGAUCUGGAGCUGGCCCGGUGGGCUCCCUUCCAUCGGCUCACCGGCCACUUUUGGUCCAAGAUCUGCGACGUCCUGCAGUUCCACUGCGCUUUCCUCUUCUGCGUUAGGCUGGGCUCACUCCGAUCUCAGUGAACCGGUCCCACGGCUCUUCACGAGCCAGAGGACAGGAGCGAAUGACGUCGACGACAAAGGGGACAUGAAUUUCGUUGGGCCAGAGCGUGAGAGAAAACUGCCGUGGCUCCUCCAUGUCUACGGAAGGGCAGUCAGGGAGUCAAGUGUGGGUGAGGGGGGUGCUGGGCACAGACUCUCCCGCUUGCUUUCCUGC